AUGAAUGAGGAACCAUGGAAUGUAUUCUUCUCUAACUAUUCAGCAUCAUCAUCAUCAUCAUCAUUGGCUAUAGAAGAUGAACAAAUGAAUCAUUUUAAAGUUUUUCCAAAAGGUUUAUUUGAAAAGAAUUUAAUACUACCUAACUUAUCAAGUAUAUUAUGGCCAUCUCCAUCAGUUGCAAAAUUACCAAGUGGAAGAAAACUUUUCAAUAAGUCAAGAAGUAGUUUACCUUCAGCAUUUCAACCAAUAUUUAGUACUAAUCAACGUAAAUUAAUAAAUUAUCUUAUAAAAUUAUUUGCUGAUAAAAUGUAUGAAAAUAAUUUAGGUGAUAGAUUUAUGUUAUAUGGUGGUACACUUCUUGGAUCAUUUAGGCAUCAUGAUUUUAUUCCAUGGGAUGAUGAUGCUGAUUUAUUGAUUGAUGGAAGUAUACAACAUAUUGUCAGAAAAUUAUUCACUAAUAAUAAUAAUACUAAUCUACAAUAUAUUGAAGGUGAUAUUGAUAAGUUAUGUACUAAAAUACUUCCAGAAGAAAAUGAUACAGAAAUAGAUUAUGAACAAAGUAGAAAAACUUCAAAGUAUCCAUGGGGUUGGCCUUAUAUAGAUUUAUUUUUUUAUUUAUCUAAUCUAACACAUAUUUAUGUUAUAAGAGAUCAAAUAUGGUUUCCAAAAUCAAUUAUAUUCCCAUUAUAUUAUCGUCCAUUGAAUAAUAAUUGGUAUCCUACACCAAAAGAUACAUUAGCCUUUUUAAUUUAUCAAGGUUUCUAUGGUAAUGAUUGUGAAACUGGUUAUUCACAUGUUUAUCAAAAGGCUUAUGAUCAAAUAUCUAUAUUAUGUAAAGAUUUAAAUGAAAAAUAUACUUUUGUUGAACAUAGAAUAUCAAAUAGAAAUCGAAUAAACAUUAUUCAUACUUUGUUGAAAAAGAAAAGUUAUGAAAAAUAUUCAAAUAAAAUUAUUUGGGGUAAAGAAAAUCUAGUCAUUCAAACAAAACAUUCUAAAAAGGUAGUUAUACACACAAUUGAACUACCAAUGCCAUAUCAUAAUACUCAAGUUGAAACAUAUGGUUUAAGCUAUAGAAUAUGA